AUACGCACGGUUUGCGCAUGUCCUUGCCCGUACAUGGGCGGUUCUGUUAACCUGCCCAACAUCAUGCGCCUGCGCAGAUUCCGCUCGGUCCGGCUACCAACUUCCUGGUUCGGUAUCUUCGGGUUCCCUGACAUGACAGAAGGCUCUGCGGAGCCACCGCCCUGCCCCGGGGCUCGGCGUCGCCGUUUGCUUCUCUCCCUACCCAAUGUGUUUCCGGGAAGGACACGGGCCGCACCUGAGCCAUCCGUGCCAUCUCCGCCUCCUUCACCUCCACCGCCUGUCUCAGUUCCCCCACCGCCUUCAUCACCUGGCGGCUCUGACUCUCUUAUUGAGUGUCCUUUAUGCUUGGUACGCCAGCCUCCAGAAGAACUUCCCGAGCUGCUAAGCUGCCGGCAUCGCUCAUGUCUGAGGUGCCUUCGCCAGUACCUCCGGAUUGAGAUCAGCGAAAGCCGAGUGAAUCUGCGCUGCCCAGAAUGUGCCGAGCGCCUAAGCCCCCAGCACGUAAGGGCCAUCCUGCGGGACCCAUUACUCACUCGCAAGUACGAGGAGUUCCUGCUCCGCCGCUGCCUGGCUGCCGAUCCGGACUGCAGGUGGUGCCCAGCCCCCGACUGCGGUUAUGCUGUGAUAGCUUAUGGUUGUGCCAGUUGCCCUAAACUGACCUGUGAGAGAGAAGGCUGUCAGACCGAAUUCUGUUAUCACUGCAAACAUGUAUGGCACCCGAAUCAAACCUGUGACAUGGCACGUCAACAACGUGCACCAUCACUUGGUGUGCGCAGAAAGCACCCUUCUGGUAUCAGCUAUGGGCAGGAGUCUGGAUCAGCUGAUGACAUGAAAUCCUGCCCCAGAUGCAGUGCUUAUAUCAUUAAGAUGAAUGAUGGGAGCUGUAAUCACAUGACCUGUGCUGUAUGUGGCUGUGAAUUUUGUUGGCUGUGCAUGAAAGAGAUCUCUGACUUGCAUUACCUUAGUCCCUCCGGAUGCACAUUCUGGGGUAAAAAACCAUGGAGCAGAAAAAAGAAGAUAAUAUGGCAGCUGGGUACCCUGAUUGGAGCUCCAGUUGGGAUAUCCUUGAUUGCUGGUAUUGCUAUUCCUGCUAUGGUCAUUGGAAUCCCUGUAUAUGUGGGCAGAAAGAUCCAUGGCCGUUUUGAGAAUAAGAAAACCUCCAAACACAAGAAGAACCUGGCUGUCACUGGUGGAGUAAUUCUCUCUGUUAUUGCAUCUCCUGUGGUGGCAGCAGUCAGUGUUGGGAUUGGUGUGCCCAUAAUGCUUGCCUAUGUGUAUGGGGUGGUGCCAGUUUCUCUUUGCCGAGGAGGAGGCUGUGGGGUCAGUACAGCCAAUGGAGUAAAGAUUGACUUUGAGGAGGAUGGACCAAUAACAGUCGCAGAUGCAUGGCGAGCAUUGAAGAAUCCAAGUAUUGGGGAAAGUAGUAUGGAAGGGUUGACCAGUGUCUUGAGCACAAGUGGGAGUCCCACAGAUGGACUGAGCGUUUUACAGGGAAAUUACAGUGAGACUGCCAGCUUUGCAGCACUCUCUGGAGGCACACUAACAGGUGGCAUGUUGAGUGGGGGCAGAGCAAAGUACUGCAGGCUGGAGGUGCAAGCAGAUGUCCAGAAAGAGACUUGUCAAAAGGAUUCUGUCAGUCUUGGAGCUGUGAGUGAUAGUGCAAGUACUAGAGCAAUGGCGGGAUCCAUCAUCAGCUCAUAUAACCCACAGGAAAGAGAGGUCAACAAUGUGGAGAUACAGGUACAUAUAGAAGCCAAACCAUCACGAUACCAGCUUAUGAGUGAGAGCAGCACAGAGGAAUCUUUACAUGCUGCAGCUCCUCUUGUUGAAGGUGAGGAUGAAGAGGCCUGUAGGAACCAGGUAGCUGCCUGCGAUAUCACACUGGCACAACCUGAAAGCAUUCGUAGUGACCUAGAAAGCUCAGAUGCCCAAUCAGAUGAUGUCCCAGACUUGGCUUCAGAAGAGUAUGACUCUCCACACCUGUUUCCACCAUCUCCUAGUAACCAUCUCCAGGAAAGCCCCCCGCAUCGCAUGUGUGCUCAAGAGGAGGGUCUUUGUGCCCGUGAGGAAGGCCUCUCUAAAGUGGAAUUUAUUGAGGUGCGAGUAUGAAGGAAAGCAAAAUGUUCAGUCCACAUUAAAGCCUCAGCCGAAAAAAAAUUGCCAUAAUUUUUUUUUUUUUUUUGCCAAUUGAAAUUAUGCACUUUGCUAUAUGUGGACAAGAACAAUCAGUGCAGAGCUCGCCUCUUAUUAUUUUUCCAGCCAAAUGCUAUGUCAGACAGUUUACUCUUUCCUCAUGUCCCCACACUGUGAAUAGCUUGUGUAUCACUUCUCUUAAAUUAUUUUGUUUGAUUCAGUGUAUAGAUAAAUUAUGAUUUUAUGGAUCAUUUCUGGAGUCUUGGAUAAGAGGUUUCUCUUUGUAUAGAAUGACUGAUAAAUAAAUAAAGCUGAAUGGAAAUCUUCUAAAA